AUGGUGACCGGCGCUGCCACCGGAAGGCAGGCUCCCUGUGCCCUGAAGGUGAAGGUCAAGUGCUGGAACGGCCUGGUCCCUUGGCUCUGGGAGGCCAACCAUGAGAACUGCAGCAUCUUCCACACGGCCUUCAGCGGCAGCUGCCUGGACAUGCGGAGUGACGACUGCCUGCUGCUGCAGGCCGGCGCGCCUCCUGCUUCCGCGGGCAUCGCAUCCUCAAGAAGCUCGAAGCCCAGAGGGUACAGCCGGGCCCUGCGCGCCCAGAGCGGGAAGCGCACGGAAUGCGGCCAGUGCUGCCCACAGCCCCUCUUGGCUCUGAAGCGGCCCCAGCCCCGCGGGCGCCCUGGGUGGCCCGGUGUCCGCUGGCCAGCACCCUCUGGGCUCUGA